GAGGUUUUCAUUUUUUUGUAUAUGUAUAUAUAUAUAUCUAUUAUAAAUUAGACAGAAUUCUAUAAACUUCAAUAGUAUAGUUCACGUUUAACAGGCCUCCUGUGAUUUGAUAUCUAGUCAUGGUAUAGCUGCUGUAAGAUGCGAAAAUUGCGAUCACAAUGUUUGCCAAUUAUGUUUGCCUCUUUUUGAAAAGAUUCAUUCAUCAGAAAAUAUGAAAAAUCAUAAGAUUAUUUACCUAAUUAAUGAAAAUCAUAAUAAUGAUAAUUUUUUAUCCGAAAGAUUACCAAAGUGUCCUAGACAUCCGGAAAGCGUAUGCCAUUUAUGGUGUAUUGACUGCAGUCUUGCUAUAUGCAAAGUAUGUACCCAAUGUGGUCAUUUAGAUCAUAAAUUUGAUGACCUAGCCCAAUUAGGUCAAACUAGAUCUUCCGAACUAAGCCACGUUAAGAAUAAGUUACAAAUUAAGAUGGAUAAUUAUCGUAAAGUUAUAUCAGAUGUAGAAUCGUCGAGAAAAGCUAGUAAAACUACAGUAUUUGAAACAGCUAGAACCCAUUUUGAAAAUGAAAGAUCCAAUUUGAAAAAAUGGGUUCAAGAUCGAAUGAAUAGCAUAGAUUAUGAAGAAAGAGAUAUCUUAAACAAAUUAAAAGAAAUAUAUGAUGGAAUGAGUAAAGAAGAAUCAAAAUAUUUACAUGCAAUAUCGAAUGAUUUAUGGAAAGUACAAAACUUAUAUGAUUAUAUUAUUUACUUGAUAACGGAUGCUAAAUAUCAUGAAAUUACCAAGGAAACUUGUGAAAAACUAACGAAUGAAAUAUCGUUUAUUGAAAAUCCAAUUCCUUUGCAAAAUCGAAAAGUUCAACUUAUACCAGUUCCAUUAGAAACAACCAAUUUUACUAUAAUUAAACUUACAACUGAUAAACUAGACAAAGAGCUGUACGAACUCAGUAAUGAUAAGCAAAAAUCUUCCACGAGUAGGGAUUUAGAAAAGCGAUUAUUGCAUCAAAGAAAUGAUUCCAAAAGUUCUAGCUCUAAUUUAGAAUCAAUUGAAAAUAGCUUUAAGAAGUUUAGCAUUAUGGAGAAACAAACAGAAAACGUUGAAAUAACGAUUCCUAGUUUUAGCAAUCAAAUAUUAAAAGAGCAACCUCCGCGGAUGAGUGAUAUGCUAUUAAUUCCAAAGGAAGUUGGUAACCAUCAAAUGGAAAGUGUCCUUUCAGCUAAAGAUUUAAGGUUAUAUUGACAGAAAUCGUUAUUUUAUAUAUAUAUACAGUAUAUAGAUAUAUAUAUAUAUAUACAUAUAUGUGUGUGUAUG